AGUCACCAUUGGUGAUUCGGUCGCGAUGAAAAGCGCUCGGUGUUACUCGUACAUGCCUGGCCCUAAGCCUUUGCCGCUAUUCGGCAACUCCUGGCGGUUUGCCUUGGGGAAGAAGCCUUGGCGGACUAGUGCUUUAGAUAUAACGUUGUGGACUCUAAGGGCACUGGCAGGGGAAGGAGGCGCCGCAAAGGUAGCGAAACUCUUUGGCCAUCCAGACCUUGUGUUCCCGUUUUGCGCGGAGGAGACGGCGAGGAUAUACAGGCGAGAGGAUUCCAUGCCGUACAGAGCGGUAGCGCCGUGCCUAAAACAUUAUAAGCAGGAGUUGAGAAAGGACUUUUUUGGUGAAGAGCCUGGUCUGAUUGGAGUACAUGGUGAACCAUGGUCGAGAUUCAGAUCUAAGGUGUCGAAAGCUCUCGCAGCCCCGGAGGCUGCUAGGGCGGCUGUGCCGGCAUUAGACGAUGUCGCUGAUGAUUUUAUUGACAGAUUGGAGUGUAUUUUGGACGAGAAUCGAGAACUACCGAAUGAUUUCUUGACGGAGCUUUACAAAUGGGCACUAGAAUCGGUCGGAGCAUGGGCCUUGGGUACUAGAUUGGGGUGCCUAAAUGCAGACGAUUCAGAGGCAAAAGAAAUAAUUAGAUGCAUUCACGGAUUCUUCCAUAGUGUGCCAGAAUUGGAACUCUCCGCACCACUAUGGCGCGUAUAUGCUACACCAGCUUACAAGACUUACGUUGAAGCGCUGGACGCUUUUCGGGCCCUGUGUUUGAAAAGGUUAACAGACAAAGGGGUGUGUGCUUCCAUAGCCAAGAGUUCUGGGAAGAAAGUUGCUACAAUAUUGGCUCUGGAUUUGUUACUGGUUGGUGUCGAUACUACAGCAGCCGCCGCAGCCAGCGCUAUGUACUUGCUCGCAAAUAAUGAGCGAGCGCAGAGAAGAUUGCAGGACGAAUUAGAUCGCAAUCUCCCUACAAGUAGGACUGUUACGAGUAAAGACUUGGAUAAGUUGCAAUAUCUGCGCGCCUGUAUAAAAGAGACGUUGAGGAUCAAACCAGUGAUUCUGGGAAAUGGUCGGUGCAUUCAAAGUGACGCUGUCGUUUCUGGAUAUGAAGUGCCAAAGGGGUCGCACGUCGUAUUUCCGCAUUACAUUCUGUCUAAUGAGGAGACAUACUUCCCGUCACCAGAAGAGUACGUUCCAGAACGAUGGUUGAGGGAUAACGAAAUGUCCGAACCGCGGUGUCCUAUGGCACGGUUGGGCGCGGAUCAGGAACCGCGGAGCUGUGACAAGAAGCGUACGAGGAGCAGUGAUCCGGAACGGGUAUCUGGGAGCUGUGACGAGGAGCAGGCGACUGCGGUGUGGCGGAAACAGAAGGAAGUGGGGAUCCACCCAUUUGCCUCGCUUCCCUUCGGCUUCGGACGGCGGAUGUGUAUCGGAAAGCGGUUCGCUGAAGCUGAAUUGCAACUUUUAUUGGCUAAGACUUUCCACCACUACCACGUGUCUUGGCGUUACGGCGAGCUGACGUACAGCGUGACUCCAACGUAUAUACCCAAUGAGCCGCUUAAAUUCGAGCUGAUACCAAGAAAAAGGGAUAGCUAAGAAACCUGCCUAAGAUUUGAUGAUUUCUUUUAUACUGUCAUGUUUAUUUAUAUUGUAAGACCGCGAUAAGAUAGCAAAGUAUGUAGAUUUGUAGUGAUAUUGAUAACUUCAAAUGUAUAAAAUAGACGUAACUACGAGCAUAGUAAAACAAAAAUCUGUAAACUAGUAGAGCGCACCACAAGAACUAUGUACCGAUAUUUCAUUAUUUUGUUAAGCAUUUAAAUUCCCAUUCUGGAUUAAUAAAUCAUAGGCAUAGACUAACAAGUUAUGUAUCCUACCAACCACCAUAAGACAAGUUAUCGUUUUAAUUAAUUUUCGAUCCAGUACUAUUUUAUAAUUUAUACAAGUCCUGUUUGGUUGCCCACGGGCAAAACCCCUUUGACAUUUUCCUUAGUAUUUGACUUGGCUAUGCUGUAAAAUCAGUUUUUCUCCAUUAUGUUUUUAAAAUUCAUAUUUUAUAAGUGGAAGCACAUUAUUAUGACUUGAGAUUCUCAGAACUUGGUAUAAAACCUACAGUAAUACUUUGUUACGUGGACCAACAAUGAAAUAACUACAAUAAAUGGCUUGAGCUUUAAAUCCUUUACCGGCUGCCUCGCUUUGUAAUUGUCAUUACUAUUGUGUGUAUUACACGUCACUUACAGUGCGAUUGAUAGCAAAUAGUGCAUUCACAAUUCAAGACAGCUGCUUAUGAGCGUCAUUAUUUGCAUUUUCUCGUUGAAAAGGUGUCUACUAAUAACACCCAGUUUCUGUAGCAAGAUACUUCGCGCUUAGACAAUAGGGACAAAACUUAGGGUACGUAUGUAGGGGUGUAAAAUAUCCAAGGGGGA